AUGUCUGAUCGAGCUCACUAUGAAAAGCUCAAACGAGAGCUUUCAGAGGCUCUGGAAGAGCGUCAAAAACAAGAAAAGCGAUUAGAUCAGUUACAACAGGAAAUCUUUGAUAAAGAGACCGAGUACCUACAGGGAAACAGCUCUAGUCAGCUUGGGAAUAUUGUCAAAGGGUUUGAUGGCUUUGGGAAGCACUCUCAUGACACUCCCAGCGCUUUUACAGAUAAGGACAGAAUAUUUUCUUUGAGCAGCGCAUUGUUCGUGAAGCAGCAAGAGGGUGUUACGGAGGAGGAGUAG